AUUUGGUGUAUUUAAGCUCUCCAGCAGUCCACAGAUUUAUUCGUCUGACUGGUGGUGACUGUUCAUCCUUUUCUGGAGUGAACUUUGAAAAAAAAAUCGAGACCAUGCCAGAUAAUUGCUGCAAAGGAGUUUGCAAUGAGGCUGGGUGCUGUGCUUGUUGUAAGAACUGUGGAUGUGAAGGCUGCAGUGGUUCAGCAGGAGAGUGCAAUCCAGCUGGGUGCUGUGCAUGUUGCAAGAACUGUGGAUGUGAAGGCUGCGAGGAUUCAACUGCUACUGCUGGUGAGAAGUGUGGUUCAGGAUCUUGUUCAAGCUCCUGUUGCUGCAAUCCAGAAUCAGGCUGCAAGUGUGCUCCAAAGAACUGCUGUAAUUGAACUUGCAAUCAACAACAGGAUCCCUGACACAUCUUACAAUACUUGGCAUAUGUUUGACUAACAAUGAAAUUAUAAUUACAUACAGAAUUACAUAUGAUGUAUUUGCAUGAAACCUAUGAGUACUUUUCUGUCUGAUGAAUUCAUGUUUUUCAAUAUACUUAAUGAUUGAUUCCACCUAUUCCUGACAGUCCUUUUGGAAGAACUGUAUGGAAGAUUUCCUGCACUUGUGUGAUUAUGUUUCCAGCAAAGAAUUUGGCCACAUUGAAAAAAAAGUUCUUUGCACAAAAUGAAAA